UCCCGGAAACCAACCCCCGCCCCCCAUGGAUGCAGGCAUCUAAAAGGCAGCCCCACGGGCCUGACGUAACUUGAGCGCCGACCCGGGAAGGACCCUCUUUUCCGUCGCAUCCGCCUUCGUCACUUCCGCUCUGCGCUGCGCCGGGUUCGCUGAGGAGGAGACGCGUGAGCCGCUGGAUGGAGCUGGUUGCUGGAUGCUACGAGCAGGUCCUUUUUGGGUUCGCUGUACACCCGGAGCCCGAGGCAGACGGCCACCACGAGAAAUGGGCUCCUGUGGCCGACUUCACCCACCACGCCCACACUGCCUCCUUGUCAGCAGUGGCUGUCAACAGCCGCUUCGUAGUCACCGGGAGCAAAGAUGAAACCAUUCACAUUUAUGACAUGAAAAAGAAAGUAGACCAUGGGGCGCUGAUGCAUCACAAUGGCACGAUAACUUGCCUGAAAUUCCAUGGCAACAGGCACUUGAUCAGCGGGGCUGAGGACGGCCUCAUUUGUGUCUGGGACGCAAAGAGAUGGGAGUGCCUGAAGUCGAUCAGAGCUCACAAAGGACACGUGACCUUCCUUUCCAUUCAUCCAUCUGGCAAGUUGGCCCUGUCUGUGGGUACAGAUAAGACACUGAGAACAUGGAACCUUGUGGAGGGAAGAUCGGCAUUCAUAAAAAACAUAAAACAAAAUGCUCACAUAGUGGAAUGGUCCCCAAAAGGAGAGAAAUACGUAGUUGUCAUACUGAACAGAAUAGAUGUCUAUCAGCUUGACACUGCGUCCGUCAGUGGCACCAUCACAAAUGAAAGGAGAGUGUCUUCUGUUACGUUUCUUUCAGAAUCUGUCCUCGCAGUGGCUGGAGAUGAAGAGGUUGUAAGGUUUUUUGACUGUGAUUCGCUAACAUGCCUCUCUGAGUUUAAAGCUCAUGAAAACAGGGUAAAAGACAUGUUCAGUUUUGAAACUCCAGAGCAUCACGUUCUUGUUACAGCAUCAAGCGAUGGUUUCAUCAAAAUGUGGAAGCUUAAGCAGGACAAGAAAGUUCCCCCGUCUCUAUUGUGUGAAGUAAACACGAACGCCAGGCUGACAUGUCUUGGGGUGUGGCUGGACAGAGGGACAGACACGAAAGAAAGCCUGCCUGCUGCCACCGAGCCUGCUCCUGUAAGUAAAGAACAGUUCAGAAGCAACAAAGAGGAAUCUGGCCAUGCAAUCCAGGAGGAAGAAAGGCAGCCAAAACCAGACGCAGAGAAAUGUAGCCUAACUGGUGACAGUAAUAAGCCAACGAAGGGAAACAGCCUGGUGUCAGCCAAGAAGAGAAAAACGGUGGAAAUGUCGGAAAAAAAGAGAAAAAAGAAAAAAUAUGAAUGAUGCAGUGAAUCCCAGAUUUUUUCCUACCAGAAAAACUUUUUCAAAUAUACUUUUUUCCCCCCUAAGUAAAAGCUAGGAAUUUCUUCUUUUGAAGAAAAUGUACAGCUUAAAAAUCACUUUCAGGUUUUUUUUUAAAAACUGUGGUAAAACUUUGAUAGGCAAUAUAAAUUAUAUAUCAUGGUGAUAUAUAGUAUCUUAAUGUAUAAUAUGGGCUUCCCAGGUGGCUCGGUGGUAAAGAAUCUGUCUGCCAAUGUAGGAGACAGAGGUUUGAUCCAUGGGUUGGGAAGAUCCCCUGGCGAAUGAAAUGGCAACUCACUCCAGUAUUCUUGCCUGGGAAAUCCCAUGGACAGAGGAGUCUGGUGGACCACAGUCCAGAGGGCUCACAAAAGAGUUGGACAUGAAAUAAUGACUGAGCCCACACACAUGCAGCCUAUAAUAUAUAAUUUUUACUGCUGUGUAAAGCAAAUAAAGAUCUUUAUCAAAA